UAUAUUAAGUUAAUGAAGUAUAAUUUAAUCAAUUCCAAGUUAUAUUAUUCUAAGAAUUUGGAUUUGACUAAUUCAUUUCAAAGAAUUUCAGGAUUAUAUUUUAAUAACGAGAAAAUUGAGUUAAAUUCUGAAAAGGAGUUGUUUUCAAUUGAGUUGCUAGAUAAACGAUUUUUUUGGAAUGAAUUUUUGUUGAAGGAUUUUUUAAAUUUGAAACAACAUGAUAAAAUCCAGGAAUUUAUUUUACCAGCGAUUUCAGGAUAUUGUGAAUUUAUUGAUUUGAUAAUUAAUAAGAUUAAAUUCUCAAUUGGGUUAAUUACAAGAAGAAGCAAAUUUCGAGCAGGUACAAGAUAUUUUACGAGAGGAAUUGACAUUAAUGGAAAUGUUGGAAAUUUUAAUGAGACUGAACAAGUUCUAAUUAUUCAUAAUGAAAGUGAUAGUUACAAUAUAAUGAGUUAUUUGCAGACUAGAGGAUCAAUUCCUGCAUAUUGGGCUGAAAUUAACAAUUUGAAAUACGCACCAUCUUUAGUUAUUAGUGAGCGGGAUUCAAUUGAACCAAGUUUUAAGCAUUUUGAUGAACAAAUCUCUAAAUAUGGGAAGAAUUAUUUGAUCAAUUUAAUUAAUUCUGGUGGUAGAGAGAAAAAAAUUAAAGAUUGUUAUGAAAAGAUAAUUAUUGAUUUGAAAGCGAAACAUCCAUCUAAAAUAAAUGACAAUACAUUGGAAUAUAUCUAUUUUGAUUUUCAUCAUGAAUGCCGUAAAAUGCAAUGGUAUAAUGUUGAUAAAUUGAUUGCUAAAUUAACUGGGUUCGGAGUAACUAGCGAGGAUUAUUUUGAUUGCAAAUACUAUGUUAACCAGUUGAAGAGUGAAGGUAGUAGCAGUGAUAGAAAGAUUGAAGUUAAUAAUUUACAAAAAAAUAAUAUCCGAACCAAUUGUAUGGAUUGUUUGGAUCGUACGAAUGUUGUUCAAAGUACAUUUGGGAAAUGGAUAUUGCAUGAGCAAUUGAUCAAAAACAAAAUAAUGGGCGAAAGCGAAAGAUUAAAUGAUUAUCCCGAAUUGAUAUUGUUUUUCCAAAAGAUUUGGGCAGAUAAUGCAGAUGCAAUUUCAUUUGGAUAUAGUGGUACAGGAGCGUUGAAAACGGAUUUCACCAGAACUGGCGAAAGAACCAAAAGAGGAGUCUUAAAUGAUGGACUUAAUUCUGUCACCAGGUAUAUUUUGAACAAUUAUUUUGACGGGUAUAGACAAGAUGGGUAUGAUUUAAUAUUGGGAAAUUUCGGAGACAACUUGAAAGCAGUGAAGAAUUUGAAAUUCAACAAAGAGUUGAGACCAUUGGCUAUCCAGUACAUCCCCUAUGUGAUCUCUAACGAGUUGGCAAGCAAGGCAGCAACAACAAGCAGUGGGCACCAUAUUAUUGAAACGAUCAAGGUGUUGGUAGUCUACGCUGUGUCGAUUGGGGUUGUGGGCAAGAUUCUAUUGUUCUUGCUGGGCGAGAGAAACCGCCUCCAGUUUGUGAGCUGGCCUAGCAUCAAGCCAGUGGAGUUCCUUGACACAGAGUACGUUGUGGAGGAGGGCGAGCGAGGAGCAAAGGGCAUCAGGUACGUGCUCAGCAGUGAGUUCUCUGUUGAGGAGGAUAAAAAGCGA